CCGCGCACGCAGCCUAAAGCAAAGCCACCGUAACCGGCAACCCUGAAGGAGUCGUCCGUGCUGUUUCGCUGCCGUGUGUUUGGGCGCUCGUACGCGUCAUUUUCGUACGUUGCGUUGUGUGCCUGAAGUGCUUGAAGAUCGCGAAUCGAACUGUGCCCAUAUAAGUGAGAGGAGAAUCCAAAUCCAAACAACGCAAACGGUGGCCUGAAUUGCUAAUUCGAUUUCUAUCUUUAUUUUUUAACGUCUUGCUUUGCGAUUUCUCAAUUCCUUUAGAGAUCCCAAUCCCGAUCGUUGUUGGGCUAGCGCCUGAAGAAGAAAAAAAGGCAGAUAAGCCUAAUUAAGGCCGCGCUCGAUAAGUGAAUAAUUCGAUACCCCGGUGUGCGUGUGUGAGUGUGCGUUUAUGUGUGUGUGUGUGUGGGAUGCUGUGAUGAUUAUUCGCUGCUCCCAUCAUCUCUUCAUCGCAUCGCUAAAACAGUGAUUAUUGUGCGUUCUUGCCGGUAAAGAAUUACAACAAAUUCUUGCCCCUCGGUCUAGGAGGCUGCCAGUGUUCUGUGAGUCUAGCUGGCGCUAUUUUAAAGUGCGAUUGUGUGUGUGUGUGUGUGAAUCGAAUUGGUAAGAGUGUGUAAAUUAUUGUUGAUGGUAUAAUUAAAGAAAAUAAGUGCUUGAUUAUUAUCCCUUACCACCGCGAAUAACGCAUAGGAGAGGUAACACCGUGGAACCAACUGGUGUGAGUGUGUGCGCAUAAAUGUGUGCCAGUGAUCGACUGGAAAUAAUAGUGGCGAGUGUGUAAAAAUUAAACCUAACCCAGUAGGCACUGUGUCUGUGUGUUGUUUUGAAAAUUAGCUCAUUACCAUUCAAAUUUGGCCCUUUUUACGUUGCGAUUGAUUCCCAAUAGCAGCAGUGCCAGUUUCUGUGAUUCUCAAAAUGCGUGCUGUUGGUGUGUGAAAAUCUACUCCUAAACCAAAAUAAAACAAGUGAGAAGCAUUCCACGAAAAGAGUAGAAGGAAGAUAUAAAUCUGCCACCGUGUGCGAAACAGCUGGAGAAAACGAGUUUCAACCUAAUCAUAAUGGCAUCGCCCCAGUGUGUACGAAAAGCUCGCGAACCGUUCUAUGGACGCGGUCCAUUAGCUAAUUAUAAGCAACCCUCGAGAUGGCACCCGGUGCCUUUUCGGUUGCUCGCUGGAACCGCCCUUCUGCUGACGGUACUACAGUGGCCGGUCCAGUCGGUCGGAGCGGUGGCAGUGACGUCGAAAAUCGAACCCGUUCAUCAUCGCUGGAGCCGGUCGGAAGCGAUGGACCCGAACGGGCUGUAUACGCUCGAUUGGCAUAUCGACCAGAAGGACAUCGUGUUUACGGCCACCGCCAAUACGCGCGGUUUCAUGGGGCUUGGCUUUUCCCACCGGUCGGAGCAUAUGGCCGGUUCCGAUCUGGUGCUGGUGUGGGUUGACGAUCGUACCGGAAAACCGAACGUGCUGGAUUGCCACGGUUCGAAAGACAAUCACCAUAUGCCGGUGCAGGACGAUACGCAGAACUAUCACAUCGAGAGCGGAUACCAGAACCUGACGCACACAAGCGUUACCUUCCGGCGAGCCCUUGAAACGUGCGAUCCACAUGAUGUCAUUAUUGGGUCCGAUACGAUGAAGAUCCUAUGGUCGUACGGUGACCGGGAUCCGGUCGCUGGCAGUUUGAAGGGACACAGCGCGAACCGGGGCGCUCGCUCGAUUCACUUUCUCGGACCCAUGUUUCGCCGGCCGGCCGACGCACUGCAGCGGGACGAUCUGCGCCAGUGGGACGUCACGGUGAAGAACGUUUCCAUCGACACCAGCAUGGACACGCUGUACUGGUGCAAGAUUCUGAAGGCACCGACACUGCGCGAGAAGCAUCACAUUAUCGGUUACGAGGCGCUGCUCACGAAGGAAGGCUCAACAAAGCAACCACUAGUGCACCACAUGACACUGUUCGAGUGCUCCACCAACUCCUAUCCCGGAUCCGAUCCAAACUCCUGGGACGUUUGGGUGAAGAGCAGUGGUGCGGUCUGCAACAGCAAUCUCCUAACGCCCCGUGACUGGGACUCGUGCAUUACGCCGGUCGCAACCUGGGGUGUCGGUGCAUCGGGUCAAUUCCUGCCCGAGCACAUCGGUAUCCCGAUCGGCGGGGAUAAGGGCGCCCCGAAGUACUACAUGCUCGAGGUACACUACGACAAUCCGCGUGCCAAGCGUGUGCUGGACCAUUCCGGCUUUCGCAUACACUAUACGCGCCACGUCCGCAAGCACGAUGCCGGCAUGAUGAUAUCCGGCGUGUCCGUAUCCGACACGCAGAUGAUUCCACCGGGCCAGAAGCUGUAUCGCAACGUCGGCAUCUGUGGCCCAUCCUGUACCGGGGCCGUCUUCCCGGCGCACGGCAUCAACAUUGUUUCGGCCGCUCUGCACUCCCAUGUGGCGGGCAGGAAGAUGAAGCUGCGCCAUGUGCGGGAUGGGAAGGAGCUACCAAGGAUCGUGGAGGACGAUAACUACAACCAUAACUUCCAGCAGAUCCGUCAGCUGGAAAAUGAAACGAACGUACUGCCCGGGGACUAUCUCAUUACCGAUUGCGCCUACGAGACUGUCGGUCGACGGCGUCCCACACUCGGUGGGUACUCGACAAAGCAGGAAAUGUGCCUGUCGUUCAUUACGUACUACCCCAAAAUCGAGCUGGCCGGUUGCUACAGCAUGACACCGGUGAAGGAAUUCUUCGAAACGUUCGGUGUGUUUCAGUUCUACGCGAUGAACAUGACCGACGUGGAGAAUCUGUUCCUGUACAAUGGUAACAUACUCGAUCUGUUGCCGACGACCGUGUUUCCCAACUUUGCCCCGGGCGGCGACGUAGACGACGAGCAGAACCAGCUUGCCAUCAAAGCGCUGCAGAACGCGAAAGAAUACAGCAUCAUCGACGAGGAGGACGUCCUGUACAAGGAGUCAAUACUGAACAAGCUAAUCAUCUCGGAUCCGGUCGAGUUCCACGAUCGUACCUUUCUGUCGCACUUGAAUCAACUGCCCUGGUCGGAACCACUGUUUACGAGGCGUGUCGAACAGAGCAUUCUCACCGGGAAACACAUGACGUUCUGCCGUGUCUCGAGCGAUGCCAUCUCGGUGGCAUCGGAAAUAUUCAAGUAUCCCGUCUUUGACACGUUCGUCAAAGCACCGAGCCAAUGCCCGUACCAUCUGUUCAUGGAGUUUGCGGACCACACCUCCCCGGCGGGCAAACAGAUGACCAGCACGAAACUGCUUCUCCUGGCCCUAUUAAUACUCUCUCGACGGUUUUGUUCUGGCACGCUCCAUUAACCGUACUUGGGAAAUCACGUGGAGAGUGGAGUUCGUGGAAAAUCUGACUCUUCGCGAUUUCUGGUCGGGGGCGAAUAGAUUACUAGCGUUUGCGGUGACCAAUCACCUUACUGAUACUUUAUUUUAUUUAUUAUACCGACCUUUCUGCGCGCUCGCUUAUUAGACCUUUUGAUUCUUCCCUGGCUGGGCAUUGAGCUCAGCGAGAGGGCAAGUAUAAAUCACGCGCCAUACGGCACCUUUCCAUUCGCUCGCUUUCGCCCAUUCUACAGCAGCAGGAAUGUAGUUUCCAUAAGCUUGACUACCAUAAU